AUGUCCAACUUGGCAGAUAUCAUAUCUCAAAAGAGAGAGGAUUCAGACCCUGAAACAAAUUCAUUUGAUGAAGCGGAUGAUGGUUUUGAAUCUGAAACUCCACAACAACAUCAUGUUGAAGAAGCACCACGUCCACCAAUCUCCAAUCCUUCUUCAUCUUCUUCAAUUCCAAAGAUUCCUCAAAGACCAGUGAAGAAGCAAACCUCUGAAUCAUCAUCAACUCCCACUCCAGUCAUUCCAAAGCGUCCAACUAGAUCACAAAGUCCAAUUGUUCCACCACAUCCAAAAAGAUCAGAAAGCCCAAUUAUACCACCUCGCCCAAAGAAAUCUUCUGAAUCUUCCAAAAAGGAACAAUCUUCUGAUGAAACAGAAAAGACUGUCCCAGAUUUACUCAAAUCUACAAUUGAGAAAAUACCUGGCAUUGGAAAUUUAACAAAAGACGAAAACAACGAAGAUGACAACACUUUGAAAAAUGAUAAAGAAUCAGUCCCUGAACCUUCUAAGGGGGAAAUUAAACCAGAAGAGAUUGUUAUUCCACCACGUCCUAAAAAGUCAUCUUCAUCAGAAGAGGAAACCGCUAAACCAAUUGAGGAAUCAAAAUCAACCAACACCCCUGAAAUUCCAGCACGUCCAACUCAUAGACCAAAGAGUAAAUCAGUUAAAGCUGAGGAAGAACCUAAAAAUGAAGAAGAUGCACAAUUUCCAGAAGAAGAGAAGAAAACUCCACUAGCAAGCACAAGUGAGGAAAGUACUAAAGCUGAUUUGAUAGUUGAAGAUAAUAGUCGUGAUAUACCUGUUAUUUCCAAUGAUAAGGAAAAAGUUGAAGAACCAAUUACUGAAGCGAAACAAGAAGAUGUUUCAGAAAGUCCAAAAGAUGAGAUUGUUGAAGUAUCAAAACCUGUUCAAGAUAUAAAGACAGAGUCUGAAGCUUUUGAUGUAAGCCCAGUUGAAAUUGAAGAUAAACCAGGUGAAAUCAUCACUGAAGCUGAUGUUGUUGAACAUUCUCAUGAUACAGUAAAAGAUGGCUCUGAAGCUCCAAAAUCCAUUGAAACAGAGGCUGAUGCAAUUGAAAAAUUAGAAGAACAACCAAAAGUUGAAGAAGCAAAGGAACCAAAAGAAGAAUCACCGUUACCUAAAGUUCCUCAGCGCCCUUCGAAAAGACCAACAAAAAUCACUACCCCAUCUGUUCAAGAAGCAUCAGUUACUUCUGAAGAUAAGGCUGAUAAUGUAGAAGAAUCAACAGAUGAUAUAAUUUCUAAAACAAAUGAAGAACUACAAAACAUUCAAGCACAUUUUUCAGAAAAAAAAUCAUCCACAUCUUCAAUCCCACCACGUCCAAUCAAGAAAGCUUCUACUUCAUCAUCAAAUGAAAUAUUUGGUUUAUAUACAUCAGAUUCGCAAGAUGAUUCUACAAAACCAAAACCUAAAUCAACAAAAGCACCACCACCACCAGUCCCAAAGAAACCAUCAAGUAAAAUUGCAGCAUUCCAAGAAAUGUUGAAAAGAAAUCAAGAACAAGAAAGACAACAACAAUCACAAUCUUUCCAACGUUCUGAAAGAUCAGAUUCAAAUGAUUCUACAGACAGAUCCAAAUUCAAGCAAAACUUGAAUGGACUAUUUGCACUACCGGGUAUGGCCAGACCAGGAGCACCAAUGCCUGGUAUGUUUAAACAAGAAGAAUCUGAAUCAAAGAAUGAUGAAGAGGAAACUGAAGACGAACCAAAAGAAGUUAAGCAAGACGUUAGAAGAUCAAGAGCAAAGGGACCAAGAGGCAAAAGAACUGCUAAAGUGGAAAAAAUUGAAAUACCUGAUCAUAGGGUGAUUAAAGUUAUUGAUAUUUGGAGUAGUGGCUUGGAAUCUGAUGCAAAGGUUACUUAUGAGAAUACUAAAGAGUCUGAAACUAAGAGUGAUGUUAUUACUGAUGAUAUUGAUGAUAUUGAAUUGAUUAAUCCAGUUGAAGAAAAGGAUAAAGUUGAUGAAAGCUUGAAACCUAAUGAUGAAGAUUUGAAAGGUUAUGAAAAAGGGUUGAAAGAUGAUACGGAAACUGAAGUUGAAGAAUUGGAAACAAAAUCUACAAUCACCAAAGAGGAAGAAACACCUGCUCCAAGUGAAGUCAAGAAGGAAGAUAAAGGUUAUGAGUCAGAUAACGAGGAUGUGAUUAAAGAUGAAGAAGAUGAUGAAGAAGAUAAUGUUGAAUUAAAUCCAUCAAUACAAUCAAUCAAAUCCAAAGGUGAUAGUAUACCAGAUGCUUCAAUCAGAUCAAUAAAGUCAGAAACUUUGGAACUUGAUGAUGAUGGUGAGAAUGAUGAAACUUACGAGAAAGUGGAAACUCCAGAAGCUAUUGAUGAGUUUGUUGAUGCUAAAGAGUAG